AUGGACCCAUUGAGCGUGACUGCCUCAAUUGUCGGGCUUCUCGCGGCAGCUGGUAAGGUUGGAGAGACUCUUACUCCAGUCAUAUCCAACUUCAAGAAUGCGCCACGAGCUAUCGAAUCAGUGGCCGCUGAGGUUCAGGACUUCCGGACUGUUCUUUCUUCGCUGCAGCAAUUCUUGCUCAACCUGAGUUCAGCCUCGCCCCGCAGAGCGGCAUUGAUACAACUCGAUCAAGUCAUUGUCACGCUGACGGACUCUGUGCUUACCUUCUCUGAGCUUGAGGCUGUUGUUGUACCGUUGCAGGCUCCUCCGGGGUCUGAGCUCCUAAUUAAAAGUCGAUUCAAAUGGGUUACACAGGAAUGCAUCGCUCGGGGACUUUUAGAGAAACUGCAAAGGAAUAAGUCCUCGCUCUCGCUGAUGUUGAUUAUUCUUCAGUGGUUUGUCAUGCCCCUUCUUGAGGUUGGAAAUUAUCUGCUCAGCCGUACUGAUGACGCUAGUCAAUCAAACCUCGAUGCUGCCGAUGCUCAGUCGGCGCUCGAGACUCAUAUCGCCACGCUUCUAGAUGGUAACCAAGCCCUGUCGCAAACACUAGACGGUCUAAGAGAUGCAUUCGACGCGCGUAGUAUGAUCACUAGACGGAUAGAUGACCAGAGCAUCGAUGGAGCAGACGACGACAGCAGAACCAUCACCUCAGCAACGCGACAAGCGAAUCGAUCCAGCGAGACCAUUCUGCAAGCGUCAACCCUGCGCUUCGCAUUCGAAGAUGACCUGGAUGCAUCUCGAGUCUACAGACAAGCCAAGCGGGACGCAUGUGAUUGUUCUUUUACCAGUUCCAUUGUGAGAACAGAUGCUUGGUCCAUCUUCUCCGGCCUCAGUCUGGCUGAUCUCUCCGUUAUCUCCGUCAUUGCUCUGCCGUUGUGUUCUCUUGAUAUAACAAACGCUCGGCACUACACUUUCGGAAGUCUCCAGGCUGCUGACCCUCUCGCACAGUCUGUUCCGCCAGACGGGAUCUGGACAACCCCGCCGACGCUGCUCGACCUGAAUGGAAGCCAUGGAGUAAACAACGAGGCAACAACUCAAGGUGCCGAACCAGAGUCCAACAGUCCUGCAUGGAAAAAACCCACUACCAAUGGAGAGAUGGAGACAAAUCCGCUCAGCGGCCCUCAAAUUGGGCCAUAUGAGGACGACAAAGCUGAACAACGGCCGGAGACAAAGGCAGAGAAGGAGCAAUGCGGAGACCAGCAGGACGAUGAGCAAGAUAGUGAUUCUGGUGCUGAUUAUGACGGCGUCUUCUAUCCCUGUAAAGGUUGUGGUCAGGUACGAUUAAAGUCCUUCUUCUCCCCCUUUCCCCUAGGGCCUUCGGACAUCUAUGCUCGUAACCCACACUGUGGCUGGAAAGGCACGGACUGGAGAGCCCCCGAGAUCAUCACAUCUAUGUCUACCACUGCCAGCACUAUCAGUGUGAUAUUGUGUGGGAGAAGACGAAAGCACAGCUAG